AUGCUUCCCCAUGAUGAAGAGGAUUUGUUAAAUGGUGGUGAUUGGGAUGUUGGAUUGGGUGGUUUUUCAUCCAGACAAACAACCAACAAGAAAUUGGGUUUUUCAACAACAAAGGAUUUUACUACAGCUGGUGAUAAAACAAACAGCUCAUCCAAUUUAACUAACAACAAAAAAACCAAUGAUACAUCAACAUUAUUAUCAUCAGCUUAUAAUUUAAAUGGAAUUGAUAGUGAUGAAGAUAACGAUGAUGAAAACGAAGGUUUGGCCUCCAGUAACAAACACGAUGGUGAAACUUUACCUUCCGAUUUAUUACAACAACAAAAUAUGGGACAAGAUAGAUUUGAAGUUGAAGAAAUCAAGUUUGAAUUUUCUAAAUCUUUCACUCAUGUUCGCGCAUCAAAAGGAAAUUUAUUAUUGGCCACAAAUCAAAAUACUUGUAUCUAUGUUGAUGAUGAUUUUGAAAGAUAUAGAGAAUUUAGAUUAUCCCACAAUGAUGAUGAUGAUGAUGAAAAAAUACACAAGUGCUUCAUUGAUCCAUCUGGUUUCCACGUUUUGAUAUCAAUGACCAAUGGUGAUAACUAUUAUUUUAACACACAAUAUAACAAGAACCCAAAAUUGGUUGCCAAAUUGAAAAAUAUGAUAAUUGAAAGUAUUGGAUGGGAUGCAGAACAAUGUAAUAGAGAAGAAACUGGAACUAUUUUAUUGGGUACUAAUGACAGUAAGAUUUUCGAAUGUAUUCUCUAUGAUGAUUUGAAAGAUCCAGUUAAAAACUCAUUGAAAUUACUUUUCGACUUUAACGAUUGCGACAUGUUGGUCAGUACUGGACCAAUUACAGGAAUUGAAAUUGAACACUUCCCAAAGACUAAGAAUUCAUUCAACACCUAUUUGGUUCUUGUUUCUACAAGAUUGAGAAUGUUCGAAUUUAUUGGAGGUCCUACUCUUCAAGAUGUAUUUGCUUCAUACAAACAAUCAUUUGAUUUGUUAAAAUAUAAGGAAUUGCCUGCAAAGAGAAGUGACAUGUUACCAAAUAGUGAAUUGCACUUAUUCAAAAAGGAUUCAUCCUCUCUCACUGAUCAAGAAUCAUUUGCAUGGCUCAGUAAUGCUGGUGUUUAUCAUGGUGUUUUGAACUUUGCAAAUCCUCAAUCUAGACAAAGUGGCACAAGUAUUAUAACUGAGAGCGAAGUAAUUCAAUAUGAUAAUAAGAGUUCAUCUCAAGUUAUUUCAAUUGCUAUUAGCGAAUUCCACAUGUUUGUAUUGUAUCCUGAAAAGUUACAAAUUUUAAUGCAACCACCAGGUCUAUGUACUGCUAGUAGCGUUAACCCAAUGAUGUUAAGCUCAUUAUUGGUUGAUCCAAUGAAUGACAAUCAAACUAAUCAACAGGGUAUUCAAGGCAUUGAUAAAUUCUUUGGAUAUGGCACCACUGAUAAUUCAAACAUUACUGGAAGUAGUAAUAAUUUAAAUCUCUUCAUGGCUUCCCUUACAAAUGUUGGCGAAAUCUCCUUGUCAGACAUUAGGGUUGUCUAUCAAAAAACCUUCCCAGUUGGAACAUGUGGUGAAUUGAUUGGAAUGUGUACAGAUACUUCCAAUAGAUUCAUUUAUUUGUAUAGUAAUUCAAGUGUUUGGAGAAUUUUGAUAGAGGAUGAGGAAAGAGAUGUUUGGAAAUUGUACUUGGAACAAGCUUUGGAUCCUAAAUCUUCUAAGGAAUCCUAUUUUGAUGUUGCCUUCAAAUUAUGUAAACAAGAUCCAAAAACAAAAGAUAUUGUAUUAUCUGCAAAGGCUGACUAUUUCUUCAAAGUUGGUAGAUUCAAUGAUGCUGCCAACAUUUAUGCCAUGACGUCCAAGAGUUUUGAACAAGUUUCCAUAGCUUUCCAUAACAAGGGUCAAAAAGAUGCUUUACGUAUCUAUGUUUUGGCCAAAUUACAAUCUCUUAAAAAGAAUAUCAAAACAGAAAAUCAAGAUGCAACACAAUUAUGUUGUUUGUGUACCUGGUUAACAGAAAUGUAUUUGGAUAAGAUUAACGAAUUGUAUGAUUUGGUUUCACUUCAAUCUCAACAAACACGUGACAUUACAAGCUCUAAUCAAGUGAGCUUUGAAGAACAAUAUACAGUCAUUAAGAAUGAGUUUAGAAAGUUCCUCGAAGAUAACAAGAAAUACUUAAACAAGGAAACAACAUUCAGAUUGAUUACCAGUCACGGCCAAACAGAAGAAGUUUUGUACUAUGCCAUGCUUAUUGAAGAUUAUGAAAGAGUUAUUAGCCACUGUAUUACUGAAAAGGAGUAUAGUGAAGCUUUAGAAAUUCUUAACAAGUUUUGUACAACAAGAGCGUACGAAGAUUACUUUUACAAGUUUUCUCCAAUAUUAAUGCAACAUUUACCAAAGGAAACUGUCAAUACAUUGACACAAAAACGUUUCUUGGAUUCUGGUAAAUUAAUCCCUGCGCUGAUGAGAUACAUUUCCCAUCAACAAGCCUCUAUGAAUAAUACUGGUAGUCUACCACCAAUCACUCUCAAUAGCACUUUCCAUACUCUAACUAACAACCUUAAUAUCACUACAGCUCUCUCCAGUAACAAUUCCAUGUUGUCAAGCUAUACUAAAAAGAAGUCUCCAGAAGAUGAUGAUGAAGAUGCCCUGACUGAAUCUCUCGACGAAGAUGAUGAUAAUGCCAAAAUUACACAAAAACUCAACGAAAAUCAACAAUUUUCCUCACUCUUGACAAAUGAUCAACAAAAUCACGUCAUUAGAUACUUGGAGUGGUGUAUCAAGAAACAAGAGAAUGAAGAUCCAGCUAUCCACAAUUUACUUUUAACAUUGUAUGCUGAUUUAGAUGAUGAUGAAAAACUCUUGACCUUCCUGGAUACAGAAGGUGAAAAUAAUUUCUAUGAUCCAAAGUAUGCUCUUCGUGUUUGCAGUCAAAAGAAAAAGAUAGAGGCAUGUGUUAGAUUAUACAGUGCUAUGCAAUUAUUUGAUGACGCUGUGGAUCUCGCCUUGGAAAAUGAUGACAUUGACUUGGCCAGAGAAUGUGCUGAUAAACCUGAUGAUGAUGAAAAUAGGAAAAAGUUGUGGCUCAAGAUUGCAAAGCAUGUUAUUAACCAUAAUACUGGUGUCAAACAGGCUAUUGAAUUUUUGAGCUAUACCGACAAGAUCAAAUUAGAAGAUAUUUUACCAUACUUCCCUGAUUUUUCUAGAAUUGAUGACUUUAAGGAAGAAAUUUGUAAAUCAUUGGAUCAAUAUAAGAAUGAAAUUGAAAAGUUGAAAAAUGAUAUGCAAUUGGCAACUCAAACAGCUAGUGAGAUUAGAGAAGAUAUUAAGGAGUUGAAACAUCGUUAUGGGUUUAUUACUUCCAAUGCCAAAUGUGAUCUUUCAUCCAAGUCUGUUUUAACAACAGAUUUCUACUUAUUCCCUUGCCAACAUGUUUUCAGAGCUGAUGCCCUUGUCGAAGAGGUUAUCAAGCACACCAAAUCUGAAAAUGGCAGAGAAAAGUUAAAACAAUUAGAGGAAAAGAGAAGACUCUACAAUAGACAAGUUGAAUUAUUGAAUGCCAAUAGUAGUAGUGGUAAUCAAAGUUCUGGUUCCAAUAGUGGUCUCCUCGAUCAAAAGGAAUUGUCUCAACUCCAAGAUGAGUUGAGAGAGUUGGAUGAAAUCUUAUCCUCUGAAUGUCCACUAUGUGGUGAAAUGAUGAUUAAUUCUAUUGAUGAAGGUUUCAUUGCAAGUGAUGAAAAUCAAAGUGAAAUUCUCUCUUGGUCCAUCAAUUAAGCUCAGGGUCUAUGUAAAAAUAAAUCACUUUAUUUAAAAUUCU